AAGAAGGGAAACAAAAAAAGCUGUACAUUCAGCGAGCUUCUUAAACAUGUAUAUUUAACACAACAGUAUGGAUGUUCAACAACGAUCAAGAGCUAUUAAAUUCCCAAUAUAUGAGAACAAUACAGAAAGACAUGUUGAUGAUGGUGAUGGAAACAUGCCAGAUAAAAGUUACCAAAGCCUUGUUAGAAUUAAAUCACAAAAUGGGGAUAAUACAUAUGAUGUUAUUCACACCGAAGAACCAACUUCUAAAAGUACAGAAAAGAACAAAUUGAAGAAUGGAAACAUAACUACAUGGAAAAUUUUAGCCUUAUUUUUUGGCAUAAGUACCGUAAUCUCAGGCGGUGGAGUUGCAUACCUAUGCGCGAAAAUACUGUCGCGUGAAUCGUGUUCAUCUCCUGGUAAAAAUCAAACAGGACUUGAUCAAGACCUUAUAGCAUGCAAAUGCAACCAAGGUUAUUCCGGACGAUGUUGUGAAAUUACGCCAUGUGACAGAAUUAUUUGCGAGAACGGAAAAUCUUGCCUUUAUGACGGAAAUAUGACAUUGUGUGCUAAUAUUUUAAAACAGAGUCAAGGGCUAAAUAACUGUAAAUCUGCUUGUGCUUCCUUACCCUGUAGAAAUAACGGACAGUGUGUAGAAGUGGUUGGGGGCUACACGUGUAUUUGUUCUUCUGGAUACACCGGUAUCACUUGUAAAACGUUGAUUCAUCCGUGCAGACGUUCACCUUGCAAAAACAACGGGAAUUGUACUGAAAAUGGUUAUGACUAUAAAUGCGACUGUCCCAAAGGAUUUUCUGCUUCUGACUGUCACGAAACUCCAUGCGACAACUUUCCUUGCAAAAAUCAAGGACGUUGUGAGAACAUUGCCAGUGGACGUAAUUGUAAUUGCAAAGAAGGCUACACAGGAACAGAUUGUGAGAAAACACCUUGUAGUGGUAGUCCCUGUAAAAAUGGAGGAUUUUGUUCAAAUAGGGGAAGUAUCUAUCAUUGUACAUGUCCCCUUGGUACAUCUGGAAUAAACUGUCAAAACAUUUCGUGUGGAUUUCCAGAGUAUAGACGAAAUGUUCUGAAUCAGAAGACAUGCAACAUCUCACCGUGCCUAAAGGACUGGAUAUUUAACAUUGCAACAUUUUCAUGCUAUUGGAUAGACAUCAGAAAAGCAAGAUGGAGUUCGGCAAAUAAAAUCUGCCAAUCAAAAGGGGCAAGUCUCGCCUUCAUUCAAAGUCUGGAAGAAAUUAAAUGGCUGGAACAAUUCAUCAAUGAAAACGUAUGGGUAGGUGGACGUGCGGCUAACAAGCAGUAUCAAUGGCAAAGUUCAGAGUAUAAUUACGCUAUCCACAAUCAGUCUAAUUUAUGGACUCAGAAUGAACCCGGAUCAUUCAAUAGAAACUACUGCGUACAACUUUGGAAAAGAACCGAAAGUUUUCUCUUGGACGAUACAACAUGCUCUCAGGAGAAUCGAUUUAUUUGCAAAACUACUAAUCUUCAAAGAACCUAAAACUAACGCCAUAAACUACUUGUUUGGAAAACUAGUGGAUGCAAUUAAUAAGCAUAAAUAUGUUCGUUCAUUUAAAAAAAAAAUUUUCAUAAUUUCCCUGAUAUUAAAAAAAGUGAGAAGCCUGCAAAUAUAAUGUAUUAAGUCAUUUAGCUGUACAUCUCACCCUUCCGGGGCACCUAAUAUCAUGCCCAGGGACUUGGUGGGGUUCGAAUUGCCCAGUCUUUAAUUGCUUUGUUGUCAUUUCGUCGUUUUCUUUUCUUUUUUUGCCUUGUCAUUGUUAUUUUGGUUUCGACUUAUGACUUUGAACACCCUGUUGGUAUCAUCUGCCUAACUUUAUACACUCUUCAAACGUCAUUGUGUAGCAACUGUUGAUUUAGGACAUAUAUUUAAAAGGGAAUGGCGGAUACACUUCCUUUAACAUCUAUUCCAAUAACUCAACAGAUCUAUAAAAAAUAACUGUUAGCGGAGCGGGAUUACAUGCUGUCAUCAGAAAUAAAAAGUAAAUAUCAGCCAUCAUCGUCCUAAAUUAAAAUCAAUAGUAACGUUAUGAAAGAAAUGAUUUAAGCCUCCAAAUUGUGAAAUUUCCAUUGUUUGAAGAAACAUUCCAUCAGCGCCUUAAUACGGUGUAUAUAUCUCUUAGUUGGUGUGAUAUUUCAGGGCUUGUAUUCUCUAUCAUGAUUCACGUGAUAGAGGAUUGCUGCUCAACAGGAAGUUAUUCAACCAAGAGUUCCAAGUCUUGUAGUUAAAUCAUCCAUUCGAGAUUUUUACGGACACCAUCACGAGUUGGUACACCAUUAUAAAAUAUUCGUAUCACAGAUGAUAGCAGAUGUGUUUCCUAUGUCGUCACUAUAACAUUCCCUUUUUCUUCCUCGGAUGUGUACGACCGAAUUAAACUUUCACCGGGUUUGUAUUAACAUAAACAAUACAACGGGUGCCAAAUACGAAGCAGAUUCUUCUUACCCUUUCGGAUAACCUAGGAUGACCCCGAGAUGUUAAUGGGGUUCGUGUUACAAAUUCUUUAGUUUGCUAUAUUUUUGUGUUUGUUUGCUAGAUGUUCGUGUUAAAAAUUAUUAAGUUUG